AUGAACCAAAUCCAAGCGCAUCCCGCCACCGGCGUCGUGGUGCCGCACGAAGAGGCCACAGGAUACUAUGGAGCUGGCGGGGUCGACAAGGCGGGCGCAGGCACGUAUGUAACGGCCGAGGAAGAAUCGCAGCGUGGAGUUGCGAGCGCUGCUCGUGGAGCUGUGAAUCCGGUGCUGGAAGGGGAUGCGCGGAGCAAGGGCCGGUGGUUUCAGUAUUUGAAGACGAAGCAGUUUUGGAUUACGUUGGUGUUGGGACAGGUGCUUGCUAUCUGCAUUACAUCGACAAACACGCUUUCCACUCUCCUGGCCAACGAGGGCACGUCGAUUCCAGCCUUCCAGUCGUUCUUCAACUACGUUUUGCUCAACUUGAUCUACACGACCUACACCAUCUACCAAUACGGGCUCAAAGGCUGGGGGAAACUCAUUCUCAAAGAUGGCUGGCGGUUCUUCAUCCUCGCUUUCUUUGAUGUCGAGGGUAACUACUUUGUGGUACUUGCUUACCGCUAUACCACCAUCCUCUCCGCCCAACUCAUAAACUUCUGGGCCAUCGCCGUCGUAGUCAUCAUCAGCUUCCUCGUCCUCCGCGUCCGCUAUCACUGGACCCAAAUCUUCGGAAUCCUCAUGUGCAUCGGCGGCCUAGGCGUCAUCUUCGGCUCCGACCACAUCACAGGCGCCAACAACUUUGGCGCCAGCGAUGCCGUCAAGGGCGACCUCUUUGCCCUGCUCGGCGCCACGUUUUACGGCCUCAGCAACGUGUUUGAGGAGUGGCUUGUGUCGGAGCGGCCGCUGUACGAGGUCGUGGGUCAGUUGGCGUGGUGGGGCAUGUUUAUCAAUGGCACGCAGGCUGGCAUUUUCGAUCGUGCUGCUUUUCGGUCGGCGACGUGGAAUGCCAAAGUGGGCGGGUAUUUGACGGGCUACACGUUCAUCCUCACGCUGUUUUACAGUCUUGCACCUGUUCUGUUCCGCCUGUCUAGCGCCGCCUUUUUCAACAUCAGUCUUUUGACGGGCAGCUUCUGGGGCGUGGCGAUUGGCGUCGAGGUGUUUGGGCUGAGCAUCCACUGGAUGUAUCCAAUCGCGUUUGUGCUGAUCAUCAUCGGGCAGGUGAUUUAUUUCUUGAGGCAGAGUCUUGUGGGCGAGGCGUUGAAGCCUUGGCUGGGCGUUAAUCAGGAGAGGGGACAUGCUGGGUUGGGGACGGCGAAGAAGAGGGUCGAGAGGCCCGAGGCUAUUGUUUAG